AUGGCCAAACGCUCACGCGCGGGGUCUGCCUCGCCCGAGCCAGAAGCAAACCAGCCGCACACAGGCGCUGCCGCCUCUGAGCCCGCCGCGCCGCAUGUCGUCAAGUACGUCCAUGUCGACUCGGCCGACGCUUCCCGCUCGCCAACGGCCGUCAUGGAGUGUCAGCUUCCGGGCCACGCACCGCUCGAGUUUGCUACCUAUGAAGAUUACGAUGUCCAUUACCACAAGACUCACGUGAACCGCUGCUCAGAGUGCAGGAAGAACUUCCCCUCGGACUUGAUAUUGGGUCUGCACUUCGCCGAGGUCCAUGAUCCCAUUAAUGACGCUCGUAAGGCAAGGGGCGAGAAGAUCUACGCUUGCUUUGCCGAAGACUGUGACAAGAAGUGCUCCACGCCGGCCAAGCGUAGGAUGCACAUGGUGGCAAAGCACCAGUUCCCAGAGGAAUAUGACUUUGCUAUAAUCAAGGAUGGCAUUAACGGCCGUAGCUCCAUGCUUCGCAGCAGCAGGAAGGACAUCUACACCCGCAAUUCGAACAAGCCAGCGGCCGGAAAAGCAAGAGCGAAGGCAGAAAUGACCAAGGCUGAUGAGAAGAAAUCCGCCAAGACUCACAUCAUCUUCAACGACGAUGGCAGUACUCCCCAGAGCACCCAGCUGAAGUUGGAGCAAACGCAAGAACCAUCGGAUGCGAUGGAUGUCGUUUGCCCGACUAGCGAUGAUCCAUCUGUUCCAAACACGGUUCAGGACGUAGAGAUGGUGUCCCAUGAGAACGAGCACCCGAGCGGUUUGUCAGCUUCCAAGCACGCCACAAAGCUUCCACCCUCUACCCUUGCCAAAGAUGCUCAGCAGAAAGGAAAGGAAAAGGACGUCAAUAACAAGGGUGAACAGCACGGAGAUACCACAGGUAUAGGCAAUGCUCGUGACGGUGCCGUGUUUUCACCCCGAGCUGUUGAUGACGUGUCUGAUGCUAUGGAAGGCCUCACCAAGUCCAUGUCCUCUCUCAAAUUUGUUCCGCCCAGCAUCCGCUUUGGUCGAGGCGGCGGUAGAGGGAAGGGCCGGGGAGGCUUUGCCAAAGGCUAA